AUGGGAUUACCCUCCUCUAAGGUUGCCACUCUUUUAUUGAGGGGACUUUCUUUAGCUUUUCUGGCACUAUCACUCACACUUCUUUUUAUCGAUAAGAAGAAACUUAAAAGUGGGUAUGUCUACAACUAUAAGGAUGUUCAUAGCUACAGCAAAGGCACUAGUUAUUCGAUCCAUAGUCGUCUCGGCCACUCCAAGAAUAUCUCAAGUUACAUGGUUGGAACAAUCGGCAUUGGAAUUGCAUAUACCAUAAUGCAAACAAUAGCAUUUGUGGUCUUACGGAUCAUAACUGACAAAGAUACAUGGGUUUUAGUUGACUUUUAUGGUGACAAGGUUAUAUCAUACUUAUUAGCCACAGGGGCAGCUGCAGGACUUGGUGCUACCUCAGAUUUGGAUAAUAUUGCGUCUCCAGAUUCUGGCCUCGGAGGUUUUUUCGGUAUGGGAUAUGCAUCAGCUACCAUCCUCUUCCUCGCAUUCGUCUGCACUGGAAUCUUGUCAAUUAUGUCCUCCUUUGCACUUCCUAAGGCAGUUUAG